AUGUCAACCCCAACUUCAGCAAGUGGCAGCGCUGCCAAGAAGAUCUUCCAAAAGGUCGACCUUGACGGCAACAACCUGCCGCCCUCGCCGGCUCCGUCGAGUCCCGCCAAUGGCCGGCGCCGCUACGCCCUUGCCACAGAGCUCGUUUACACCGACAGCAAAGAUCAGUAUGGCUCCUCCAGCUUCCCCAUCUACCGCUCAGCCACCUUCAAGCAGUCCGCCGCAAACCCCAACGGCGAGUAUGACUACACGCGCUCCGGCAAUCCCACCCGCACACACCUCGAGCGCCACCUGGCCAAGAUCAUGAACGCCACGCGCGCCCUGGCUGUUGGCUCUGGCAUGGGCGCCCUGGAUGUCAUCACCCGUCUUCUGAGGCCCGGUGACGAGGUCAUAACUGGUAAUGACCUGUACGGCGGUACCAACCGCUUGCUUACCUACCUGUCUUCCAACAUGGGCAUCGUCGUACACCACGUCGACACCACCAACGUCGACAAGGUCAAACAAGUAUUGUCCAACAAGACCGCCAUGGUCCUUCUCGAAACCCCAACAAACCCCUUGAUCAAGAUUGUCGACAUACCAGCAAUCUCCAAGAUGACACACGACUUCAACGGCAAAGCUCUGGUUGUGGCUGACAACACCAUGUUGUCUCCCAUGCUCUGCAACCCCCUGGAACUUGGUGUUGAUGUUGUCUACGAGUCUGGAACCAAGUACCUCUCGGGUCACCACGACAUCAUGGCUGGGGUUAUCGCCUGCAACGACUCUGCGCUGGGAGACAAGAUGUACUUCAUGAUCAACUCGACUGGCUGUGGCCUCUCCCCCGACGACUCAUCACUGUUGAUGAGAGGCAUCAAGACUCUGGCUAUCCGCAUGGAAAAGCAGCAGUCAAAUGCGCAGGCCAUAGCCGAGUUCCUCGAGUCACACGGCUUCAAAGUGAGAUACCCGGGCCUCAAGUCCCACCCGCAGUACGACCUCCACUGGACCAUGUCUCGCGGCGCAGGCGCCGUCCUGUCCUUCGAGACCGGCGAUGUGACCAUUUCGGAAAGAAUUGUCGAGGCCGCAAGGCUGUGGGGAAUCAGUGUCAGCUUCGGUUGCGUCAACAGCUUGAUCAGCAUGCCCUGCCGGAUGAGCCAUGCUAGCAUCGAUCCCAAGACCAGGGCAGAGAGGCAGAUGCCUGAGGACAUAAUACGACUUUGUGUCGGUAUCGAGGAUGUCAACGAUUUGAUUGACGAUCUGUCACGCGCGCUGGUGCAAGCUGGUGCCGUGAACAUAACGUUGGACGGUUUCCACGCAGCCAAUAACGCGGACGCUGCCGAGCAGACAAGUGCGUAG